AUUGCGUGGACCAUUGGGUAAAAUGGCGUGGAAUGACUCUACAACAAGUUUUUUCAGAUGGAUUCACUUUAGACAGAGCUGCAGUACAUAUAAAGAGGCUUGGAACACACAUUUGGUGCAUAUCAAAAUCAACGGAAUGCUGAGGUUAUACUUAUAGAAAUGCUUGAAUUGGCAUAUAAAAUGUACUAUUUUUGAUCCUUUCGGCCAAUCCAGCAGGAAGCCUGAGGGCCGCGUUUGGACAUUCCUGUGCCUCUAAGGACUAGGAAAGAAAACAAAUUAUCUUGACUUAAGUCAGAGCAAAUGAUGGUUAGUGCUUCAUGGAAAGUGGAGGUGUGACCAUGACGGCGUUAUGGAUUUAUUAUUAAAGCCUUAAAAAUGUGUGUUUAUGAAAAUGUGGCCAGGAACUACAAUUCCCAUGACUGGUCGUGAGUCGCAUACCAAUGACGUCAGAAGUAGUUGGGUACAGGAUUAUCCUGAUGCCAUCCACUUGGCAGGAGAAGUUUCCUGGGAAAUUAUUUUUUCCUUCUGUUCAUUACACUCUGAUGUGAAGCAUGGUUGACCGAUACAGUGAGAUUGGCUUCGUCCAACAAAUACUUGGUCUAAAUUUGGUGCCAAGGAAAAAUGGUACACUUGGAAACGACACAUCUUUGAGUGACUUCUCGGAGAUGUGGUACGGGGUGUUCCUUUGGGCAGCUGUCUCGUCCCUGAUCUUCCACCUGCCUGCCGCACUGCUGUCAUUGGCCACUCUCCGCCAGCAUAAAAUCGCCCGCUUCAUGCCCAUCGCCAUCAUUCUCAUGGGCAUCAUUGGACCAGUCUGUGGAGGUGUUCUUACAAGUGCGGCGAUCGCUGGUGUGUACAAGGCAGCUGGGAAGAGGAUGAUCUCUCUUGAAGCUCUGGUGUUCGGUGUGGGCCAGUCAUUUUGCGUUCUCAUAAUCUCUUUCCUCAGGGUUUUAGCUACACUUUAGCAGGGCCCCAUUGUGAGCUCACUGUGACUGCAAGUAGAGAGCUCCAUGUUUGGAGCUGGACCAACUGACAUCAUUUCUUUGAAAUGAACACUAAUUUUUGGACUAAAAUUUAACCCUUUUCUCUAGAGUGCCUGUCUACAAUACUCCAGACCUGUUUGUCCAAAUCAGGGAUAGAAAACUACUCAAAGUAUGGGUUGCUGGCUGAGAUACUGCUCUAUAUUUAUUCAUUGCAUUGUAGUGCCCAAACUGUAAAUGUAGUUUCCAAGCUGGAGAUGCUGUAAUAUGAAACAACGACUGUAUGUAAAAAGUUAAAUAUUUCCAGAAUGUUAAAGGUUUAAAGCCUGAAACUGUUGCAGACAUGCAUCUGCGCCAACUGUAAACUGAGGAGGCAAGAACAUUAAGCUCAUUAAGUACAGGUGAACAUGGACAUAUAAAGAGAUUUAUGUCCUUCAUUGUUAUGUUAUUGUCUGAUGUUUUAGAUUUUUUGAGCAAAAACUGCCCUUGACGGCAAUCAUAUGUCUAUAAUUUAUUGUGAAUGUAUUGUAAAAUGUCUAGAUAAUUUUGAGUAUAAUUUUUGAGUCUUAGGCAUUUUUAAACUCUUUGUUUUAGGUUCAUCCUUGAUUAGAGCCUGUUCUUGUCAUUUGACAAUUUCCACACCUUAAUUGUAUAUAAAAUGUGUGAUAAUUAUUUAUUUGCUUUGUUUGUAUGAAACAAAUGAUUUAACUGUACAUCCAUUGAUGAGGAUGCAAAUGAUUUUUCCCCGGAUAUUGUAAAGUUGUACUUUGCAAAUUUGCAUAAAUUAUUUUUACAUGCUCA